GUGUUUGCUGCCAAAGUCCACUCGGCCGUGAAAUACUCGAGGCUGGAAACCGGUGAGGGUUUAUAUUCUUCCACAGCUGUACAAGUCAAAGUUUUUAAUACACGGGGCGGAGUCGGGACUCACAAGUGUCCAACAUGCUGUCAGGAAAGAUAGCCCUGGUGACAGGUGCGACCAGAGGUAUAGGGAAGGGCAUCGCACUGCAGCUGGGAGAGGCAGGAGCUACAGUCUACAUCACAGGCCGCACCCUACAGCGCACAGGCAAGGGGACAUCACUGUUAGAAUGUGCAGAAGAGAUUGAGAAACGUGGAGGAAAGUGCAUCCCAGUGCAGUGUGACCACGAGAAGGAUGAUAACAUCAAGGCUCUGUUCGAUCAGAUUCAGCGGGAACAGAACGGACAGUUGGACAUACUGGUCAACAACGCCUAUAAGGCUGUUACAGGCAUCUUUGAGAAUGAGAAGAACUCAUUCUGGCAGCAAGAUGCAGAAUUCUGGGAUGAAGUGAACAAUGUUGGAUUAAGGAAUCACUAUGUCUGCUCGGUGUACGCAGCCCGGCUGAUGGUGCCACAGAAGAAGGGUCUGAUCGUAAACAUUUCCAGUCCUGGAGGUCUGCGGUACCUCUUCAACGUGGCAUAUGGCAUUGGCAAGGCAGCGUGUGACAGAAUGGCGGCUGAUUGUGCACAUGAGCUGAGGAAACACAACGUUGCCUUCAUCUCCUUAUGGCCUGGUGCGGUGAAGACUGAGCUUGUUUCAGACCUCCUCGCUCAAAGGCCAGAAAGCAAGAGUGCUAAAGUGUUUGCGAAGUCAGAGACAGUAGAGUUUGCAGGGAAGGCCAUAGUUCAUCUGGCACAAGAUCCCAACAUAAUGCAGAAGUCUGGUAGAAUCCUGUGCACAUGUCUUUUGGCAGAGGAAUAUGGCUUUACAGACAUUGAUGGUUCAGUGCCUGUGAACUUCUGGACAGUGAAGGGCAUGGUUGCUAUGAGAGGUUACACAGGAUUGGCUGCCUGGAUUCCAUCAUUUCUCAAAAUUCCUGGAUGGCUUCUAGCUGCUGCUACCCACAAGUUCUAAGGACCACAAUGAUAGCAUAAUAGCACAAUAAAAGGGUCUUGUAAUGAAUUCAGCCCAAGAAAUACAGUUGAUAACAUUGAGGGACAUGUAAGAUUGAUUACAUAUGAAAUACAGUUUGCCAGUGGAAAAAAUUGUAUGAUUUUUAGUCAUCUAAUUUUCACUACUCAUCACAAAAAAUGUCUUCAAAAGUUCUGGAAAAUGUUGUGAAUCAUUGAUAA